AUGGCUGGUUCCACACGUUUUCCUCACAAUGGCAUGGAGAAUUGGGGUCUAGUUAUAUACCAUGAUUCUGUUUUGGCUCAAGAACCCGGUUAUACAGAUGGUUGGUCCGAUAAACAAUAUGCUUUAACUAUUUUGGCUCAUGAAACUUCUCACAUGUGGUUUGGCAAUAGUGUUACCUUUAAAUGGUGGAACUAUUUCUGGUUGAAUGAAGCUUUUGCCCGUUAUUAUGAAUAUUUCAUGGCCCAUGAGUUGUAUCCCGAAUAUGAAUUGGACAAACAAUUCACUGUUAAGCAAGUUCAACUUAUAUUUGGAACAGAUGCUACUAAUAAUACUCAACCCUUGACUAGUCUUGAGGAAACGAUUAAUACCCCCAGUGAAAUUGGUUACAAAUUCAGCGGUAUUACUUAUGCCAAGGGAGCAGCUGUCCUGCGCAUGUUUGCCAAUAUAAUGGGUAAAACGAAUUUCGAUCAAGCUGUCAGAGAGUACUUGAAGGAAAACCACUUGAAGAACGUAGUGCCCGAAGAUUUAUUCAAAUAUCUGAAAAAACAUUGGCCCAAAGACCACCAAGUAGACUUGGAUGAAUUAUUUAAAGAUUGGACCGAACAAGUGGGCUAUCCAGUAGUGACAGUAACUGCCAGUCCUAGUGGUAGAUUUACACUGAAACAAAAACGAUUUUUACUAGAUCCCAAUGAUGGUAGUGAUGCCUCCCUGAGAUAUACCAUACCCAUAACCUUUAACAAUGAUAUGAAAACCAAUUAUACAGAAUUCACACCCAAAUUCUAUUUCAAUAAAACUCUAGAGGAAGUCGCUUUUGGUAAUACUGCUCAUCACGAUUGGGUCAUAGUAAAUACACAACAAUCCAACUAUUAUCGAGUUUUCUACGAAGCUAAACUUCAGAGACACUUGCGUAUAGCUUUUGAACAGGAAAAUCAUUCGGGCAUACAUGUCAGCAAUCGUGCUAGUGUAAUUGAUGAUCUUUUCACUUUCGGUCUUGUGGGCCUUAAGGGUUAUGAUGAAAUUUUUGAAUUUAUGGAAUAUUUAGCUACAGAAACUGAGUACACACCCUGGUAUGCAGCCUUCAAAGGUUUUAAUAACGUGUAUGUACGUUUGACCUUAGAACAACAUAAAGAAUUUGGCAAAUUUUUAAUUGAAGUACUCGAUAAGGUUUAUAAAAAACUAGGAUUUGAAAAUCCUAAUGAUACUAUUUUGGAUGUCUAUAAUCGCAAUAAAGUUAUUAGUUGGCUUUGUAGAUAUCAUCAUGAAGAUUGUAAUGCUCAAGCCGUACUUAAAUUAAAUGAGUACUUAACGGCCAACACCAAGCCAUCGCCUGAUUUCCGAGAAGCUUUAUAUUGUGCUGCUAAUCGUAAUGAUGCUCUCAAUAUUUAUGAUAGUCUCUUAAGAAUGUUUAACGAAGAGGAAUUGAUGAGUGAAAAGGAAAAGAUUUUACGGGCCAUGGGUUGCACACGUUAUCUGGUUAAGUCACAUUAUGAAUUUAUAUUGUCAGAUAACGUUCCUCAGGAGCUAAAAACCACAGGUUUAAGUAGUUUGUAUAAUCAAACUCCUGAAAAUAUAAAAACAGUAUUUCAACUAAUGACCGAUAAUGUGGAGGAACUAGAAGAAGCUUUACAAAGCUGGUCCACCACUGCUGACGUAAUCAGUGGUAUUUCCAAUUAUUUAACCACUCAAGAGGAACUGAACAUGUUGCUACACUUUACUAAUGAAAAGGGUCAUCUCUUUGGCUCAUCAAUUAGGACUUUGGAAAAUGCCAUUACUUCUACUGAAAACAAUCUUAAAUGGGCCGGUUCACAUUUGGGCAAAUUGUUUUCGUAUCUCGAUGGACGUAAUAGUGCAACCACUACUACAGCAGCCCUAUUUUUAAUACCCCUCUCCUUGAUAACAUUGCUAAUGUUUAUGUAA